UUAAAGUGCGGGUGUGAUGAAAACCUAUUUUGUGGUCAGUGUUUCGCGACCGCAUCGGUGUGGUGCAGUGUCGUCAGCGCUUGCGGAUGUACCAUGGGUUUCCCCGGAGUCCUACUGCCACAGCUGCAACAACUCGGAGCUGCCUUCACCCUCACGGAUGAUCAGGUAUCAUGGAUAGCGUCUGUGGAGAUGCUGCCGUCCUUCCUGGGCAAUUGUCUCGUGCCAAUACUGAUGGCGCGCGCGGGCCGGCGGCCGGCGCACUUCGUCACCAUAGCGGUCACACUACUCAGUUGGGCCAUCGUCAUUCUUGCUAACAGCUUUGAGAUGAUGAUCGUUGGCAGGAUACUUCAGGGUGCCGCCGGGGGCAUGAUGAUGCCGCUCCGCUCCGUGCUGGUGAGCGAGUACUGCAGCCCGCACCACCGCGGCGCCUUCCUCACCGGCGUCUCGCUCGCGCAGACCGCCGGCGUCCUUCUGGUGCACUUCCUCGGCUCUCUCAUCACCUAUCGCAUGACCGCACUCGUCUCUAUGUCCUUCUCUUUCAUCGCUCUCCUCGUCACGGUUUACUCCCCCGAAACACCGAGCUGGCUCGCGGUGAAUCGACAAUACGAUAAGUGCAGGGAGAAUUUUAUCUGGCUGCGAAGCGAUGAGGAAAUGCCCGAGUUAGAGAAAAUGAUACUAGCUAGCAAGCGAUUGGAUGAAAUCACUAAAGGGCGGAAUAUGUUGAAGGAGAUACUCGAUUUCGCAAAGAGGAAGGAGUGUUAUAAACCCAUUGUUCUUAUGAGCGCAGUGUAUAGCAUGACUAAUUUCACUAAUACCAUCUUAAUAGUGGUGUAUCCUAUGCUUAUUUUAAAAGCUCUGAUGGGCACCGAGGACUAUGCUCCGGCUUGGUUGCUGGCGUUAGACGUCCAAUCUAUUGUCUUCAGCUGCGUGUCCGUUUACGUAACCCAUAAGGUUCGAAGAAGAACACUGCUACUAAGUAGCGGCUCGUUCACAACUGGAACUCAACUGGCGCUAGCGGUGUACAUCUUCGCGAAGAACAAAGAUUGGCUGCCGUUCGAUUCGAUGUGGAUACCGGGCGCUCUCCUCAGCGCUCACACGAUGUCUGUAUACAUCGGGGUGCUGCCGUUGGGCUCCGUCAUAGCCGGCGAGGUGUUCCCGCUACAGUUCCGAAGUUAUUGCGAGAGUAUCAGUUUGUUUUCAGUGUACGCUACUGCGUUUAUAGUGUUGAAGACGUUUUUGGAUCUGACGUCUGGGGCGGGCGUGGACGUGGCGUUCGGCGUGUACUCGGGCGCGGCGGCGCUGUGCCUGGCGGCCGCGGCGGCGCUGCUGCCCGAGACGCGCGGCCGCACGCUGCAGCAGAUCGAGGAACACUUCAGGGGAGCUCCGCUGGUGGACCCAGAAGUUGACACUAAAGAAACUAAGCCGUUGAAUGAAUUUGACGAAGUAGACAGACAAUGCGUCUAAUUUUCAGCUUAAAUAAGACUAUCAAAGCUAUAUAUUGUUAUGCAUGCCAGAGGAGCACUAUAGAUUUUUAAACAAAUCUUUCAUGAAACUUGACAGAAAUGUUGUUGUUGUUGCUUGUUGGUGAAACUGAAAACCUACCUCUUUAUUCCUUAGGUUUUAAGAUGUAAUUAUAUAAAAAUGAUUUUGUAUUUUAAAUAAGAUAAUAGGGUAUAAUAUUAUCUCCAGAAAUCACGCCCGUUCACAUUGAUGAAGUAACAAAUCAUACAGCACAAGCCACAAAACAUAUGUAGAUAAGAACUAAAAAAAACUAUUCUGAUAAGAAAACCACAGCAAAAUUUUUCACAGACAUGAUAAAUGUGUUGCCUCAAUAGAACAAGACACGUGACACAUCCAAUAUAGAUGUGCCUUGCCCAAGGCAGGUCUCUAGACCAAAGAAAAUGUGUUCAUUGCCUAAAGCUGCACCAGGUGAUUGCCUCGUAACAUGCCUUGCUCUGUGUGAACCCGCAUUGUUAUUAAAUAUUCAAAAAUUAUUGCAUGAUUUAUUUUAAAACACACUUCUUGCCAAGCUCCAAGCAUGAUUAGCACCAUUUUUUAUUUUUUUGUUUACCCAGGAGGAAUCCAUUAUGGAUCCCAUCGGCCCAGGAGAGCCAAGUGUGUAUGUCCGACUCCCACGGACUAAACCCCCUGGGGUGUUCCGACACUCGCCCCAGGACCCCACUCCGAUCCAGGAACACGGCUGUAGACCACUGUUGCCCCACCAGGCAUGAUUAGUACCAUAAACUCUUGAAUAAAUGUGUUUUAGAGGACAGCCC